AUGGCUUGUCUAGACGUUAUCUUUGCCAUAAUGGGCAUUUUCGCUGCUUUCUACUUCUACGUGAAGCACAAACAAUCUUACUGGGAGCGUGUGGGAGUGCCUUUUGCGAAGCCCCAAUUCUUCUUCGGAUCCGCCGGCGGAGGCUUCACCGAUCGACUGUCUUUCAAAGAACGAUUCCAUAAAAUCUACAAAACUAUCAAGAGCAAAGGCAAAUUCGGCGGAUUUUAUAUGUUCACGUCUCCCGCUGUCAUGUUCACCGAUGCUGAGCUUGUGAAAGCUGUUCUCGUCAAAGACUUUCAACACUUUGAAGAUCGUGGAUUCUAUCACAAUGAGAAAGUUGAUCCUCUAUCUGCACACUUGGUUUCCUUAGCUGGAAAUAAGUGGAAGAACUUAAGGGCUAAAAUCUCCCCAACAUUCACCAGUGGCCGAAUGAAGAUGAUGUUCCCGAUCAUUUGCGAAAUAUCCAAGGAGUUCGAGAAGACAUUCCAGACGGAAGCCGCCAAAGACAGCACAGUCGAGAUAAAAGAUCUUCUGGCCAGAUUCACGACUGACGUCAUUGGGAAUUGCGCAUUUGGUCUGGAGUGCAACAGUUUGAAGGAUCCGGACACUGAAUUCCGCGAAUAUGGUUCAUUGGUUUUCAAAAGAACACCAUUAGAAGGACUAAAGCAGACUUUCUUGUUGACAUUCCCUAAAAUUGGCGAAUUCUUCAACAUGAAGUUUAUGAAUCCCAAAGUCACAUCCUUUUACAUGGGAGUCGUUCAGAAAACAGUGGAACAUCGUGAGAAAAACAAUGUGCAACGGAAUGAUUUUAUGAACCUCAUGAUUGGCCUAAAGAACAGUCAAAAUGAGAGCGAAAGGAUAACACAGAAUGAAUUGGCAGCUCAAUCAUUCAUAUUUUUCAUUGCUGGAUUCGAAACAUCAUCGACUGUAACGAUGUACUGUCUUUACGAAUUGGCUCUGAAUCCAGACAUUCAGGAGAAAACGCGAGAACACAUCAAUCAAGUUCUGCAAAAGCACAAUAACGAAUUCACUUACGAGGCGAUGAUGGACAUGACGUACUUGGAACAAGUCGUGAACGAAACAAUGAGGAAGUAUCCCGUGGUGACUAACUUGCUAAGAAUUUGCACAAAGGACUAUCAAAUUCCAGACAGUGAUGUCGUUAUUCAGAAAGGAACUAGAACAUUUGUCUUCACCUAUGGUCUCCAUCAUGACCCUGACUACUAUCCAAACCCGGAUAAGUUCGAUCCUGAGAGAUUUACCAAGGAAGCCAUAGCGUCGCGUCACCCAUAUUCUUACAUACCUUUUGGCGAGGGUCCCAGAAUCUGUUUGGGAAUGCGCUUUGGCAUGAUGCAAGUUCGUAUUGGACUUGUGGCUCUUCUGCAAUCUCUUAAAUUCUCUCCUUGUGCCAAAACUGACAUCCCGCCCAAAGGUUUCCCAGCCACAAUUCCUAUGCUGACCCUCGAACAUGGAAUGCAUCUGACAGUGGAGAAAAUAUAG